GCAAUACCAAGAAGUUUUCAGCCUCCAGCGGGGCGGGGCUUCGACUCGGCUCCGCCCACCCCUCCAGGUUGUCAUAGUGAUGCCGUAUCCACUGAGACUCCGGAUCCUAACAGCUGGAAGCUAAAAACAGGCGCCAUGGAGUACACAGGGAGCAAAUAUAUCGGGGAAUAUGUAGAUGGAAGGAUGGAGGGCAAAGCCAAGUACAUCCUCCCUACCGAAACAAUAUAUGUUGGGGAAAUGAAGGACGGCGUGUUUCAUGGCGAAGGAACCCUGUACUUCCCCAGUGGAAGCCAAUACAACGCCAUUUGGGAAAACGGAUUGGCCAUAAAGGGCACAUAUACCUUCGCAGAUGGGCUGCACUAUGAUGAGAAGAACUGGCAUUACUGCGACGGCUAUGAUCGGAGGUUUUAUACAGAGAUCCCCAAAGGCUUGAAGCCUGCAGCUAUGGCUCAACUCACCAAUAUGGACCCACCUAGAAAAAUCCCCAAGGGCUAUUACGAUUGUGGAGACGGCUUCUAUAACCCAGUCACGAGGGUAAUCAAGGACUAUAGGAACCGCUUUCUAAGAAACGCAGAUGAUGACGAGCAUGAGUGGAUCACCCGUGCCUGUCCAAAGGGCUUGGACGAGAUCGUGGGUCACAGGCCCGAGCUGUGAACUCUGUGGCUGCCUCCACCAGAAGUUUCCAUCUGCGCUACUGGCAUUGGCUGCCCCGGGGGGACAGGCUGUACUUCUAGAACCUGACUUUUAACUCAGGAAUAAAGACUUUCUGCAGUCA